AUUUGAUGUACACAAAGUUAAGAUAAUAAUAUACGUCCAAUUAUUAUUCUACGUGCUUUCGUGUAGGUAGGUUCGUGUUGUUUAUGUCAUCGUUGCAAUUAAUUACGUACCUAUUCAUAUUUUGCUAAAUAUCUAAUUUAUUGUAUCGGUUUUAAUUGUGGUUAAUUAGUUCGUUUAUCUUAUGACUAGUGAUGCGAUGAACAAAAACGACCGAAAUAGCUGGUAGUGUCAGGUAGGUAAGUGAAUAGUUCCUAUGCUAACCUUGUAGUUGUUUAAUCGUACUUUUUAGUUACAUUUUUAUUACUUGGGUAAUAGGUAUGGGCUAUUACUGUUGAUCUUUGGGUGAUACUUAAGUACCAUUAUUGUUCGACGUUCGUUUUGUGAAAUUUAGAACAAUCACCCUAGAGUUCAGUAGAGCACUUAAGAUUAUUCACGUGAUUGGCUUGUUUCGCGUUCUCUUCUUUUCAUUUUUUAACAAAGUAUUAUUUAAUAUUUAGUGUACAAUAGUAAUAUCCAGACAAUAAAAAAGUAAUUAAAAUACUAAAAUUAUUUUAAACACUUAUUAUUAUUUGUAAAUAGAUGUAUAUUUAAUCUUGAAAAAUAAUAUUUUUUAAAUAAUUAUAAUACAAACAGAUACAAUAUUUAAAUCCAAAUAAUAAAUCAAUUGAUAAUAGGUAAGUUCAUAGCUACAGGCUAAUAAUAUACAAUUAAACGAUAGUUAAAAAAAGUUUAUUGAUUUUGUAUGAUCUGCAGCUAUUUUGUUUUAUAAUUGUAUUAUAUGUUAGUAACACGAAUACUCAAUGUAAACUGGACUUGUCCCGUAAUUUAUAAUAAAAUAAAAUAAAAUAAUUAAAUAAUUAUUAUUUUUUAUUUUGAUCAUAAAAUCGAUACAAUGUGUAAGUUGUAUAUAAAUUAUAAAAUAAUUUUAAUUAAUGUAGAAAAAACAUAAAAAAAAAAAAGAUAAAAUCUACUAUUCAUAUAUUAUAUAUACCUAGGUACCUUUGGUUUUUUUCACACAAAAUUAAUGUAUUUUUUAGCUGACUAGUCUACUAUUGAAUGGUGCAGUUAGUAUUAAAAAUGUUAAGACAGUGAACUAAAGUUAGUGUGUUAUUUUUUAUAUUAUAAUUUUUAAAUAAAUGGAAAUUAAAAUUAAAAAUAAACAAAGGUAACAUCAAAAUUGCUUUUCAAGUUUUUUUAUACACACACACAAAAAAAAAGCCAAAACCAUAAUCAAUGGAAAUGUCCUAAAGCUCCUCCCAAAAAUAUUUUGCCAAUUUUAGUACCAAUUUGGAUUUAAAUAGUCCCAAAUUAAUACGCAAGUAUAGUCUUUUGAUAAAUGAAAUUUUGAUAGGUAAUCGCCAAAGAAUAAAAUAUUACAUGAAAGAACAAGCAAAAACAUCUACAAAAUUAACAGGUUAAAUUUUUUCUGAAACAAUAAUGAAUCAGGCGAAAGAGGUACUAUACCAAUUACCAUAUGAUAGUUCAAUAAAACAAACUAAUUGAUUUAUUUUCCAUUCCCCAAUUAAACAGUUCCCUCAAUAACUUUUCUAAUUAAAAAAAAAAAAUAAUUUAAUUAAUAAAUAUUUUUUUUUUUUGAAUAACUGGUUAAAAAUAAUACUUCAACAAAGACUUCAAAAUUUCAUAAAUUAUUUUAUCCAUUAGGUAUUGAUUAUAUACAAUGAGUGUAAAAAGUAAUCACACAACCUAAAUUUUUAAAUAAAUAUACAUCUUUCUCCUUGACUUUAUUUUUAUUUUUUUAAACCAACUCUUAUAAAUUAUUCUUUUAAGAUUUUUAAAUGUAUUAAAAAAAAAACCAUGACAGUAGUUAUAAUAUCAAUAAUAUUCGUAUACUAAAUAGUUUUAUCAAAAGAAAAUUAUUUAAUUAUUUCAUAGCCCUGUUUAGUACUUUGUAGGGUUGGACCUUAUUAUUGCCUCCAGUCUUCUAGACAUGCAAUCAAUCAUAUGUGAUUUCUGUUGUGAUUUGAUUCCAUUGUUCCUUUCUUGAUAUAUUGUGUUUAUACAUUUUUCUGUCCAAAUGAUCCCUUAAAUUUUCUUGCAGUAUGCUUGGGAUCAUUAUCCUGUGUAAAUACAUAAUGAUCUUGGAAGCCCAUUUUUUUUCAACACUAGUUGAAAGAUUUGUCUUCACAAAGAUGUAUGAAUACUUUUUAUAUUCACUGUAUAUCCAUUUAAAUUAUUAUUAAUAUUUAAAUUAUUUCAUGUUGACAUUAAAAAAUUUGAAAUAUUGGUUUUUAUAAACAAUAGUUUAAACAAUUUGUAUAAUUACCUAUAAGAAAAAAAAUGUUUUAUUUUAGAUACUAAAUUGUUUUUGAAUAAUUUAUGUUUAUUUAUUUUGUAUAUCAAUUAUAAAUUAUCUAUUUAUCAUUUUAAUUAAUUUUCUAGAAUUAAAAUUUACUACUUUUAUUAAAAGAAUAUAAAACUUAUUAUCAUAAUAAAAAAACAUCACCUAUUAUAUAUGAUAUAAAUAUUUGUUUUAAGAAAUUAAACAUUUUAAGUUGUCUUGACUAGGCCUAACUAUUUAAAGAAUAAUAACACAAAUUAAACAUCAAACCACAUUUUUUUGUGGCAUAGACAUCAUGUAGGUAUUUUUUAAUAGGUAAAUAUUAAAUAUAUUAAAUUUCAUUAUGAAAAAUAGUAAAAUGUAUAAUUUAUGAUUGUGUCCUCAUUAGAUAGUGAUUCAAAAAACCUUUUAUUUAAAAUCAAAUGUAAGAUUGUAGUUUUUGUUUUGAAUUUUAUUUACCAGUAUUUAUUUUAAAUAUUUAGAGAUAUUAUGAAACAUUAUUAGAGAAACAAAAGUCUAGAAGGUUUAGUUAGAAAAAAGGAAGUGUGGUGGUAGGUUAUGAGAAAAAGAAAAAAAAGUUGUAGAGUAGGUAAUAAUAGAAGUGUAUAAAAUGUUGGGUUUUGUAGUAGGUGCUUAUAUUUUAAGACAAGGAAGAUAUACGAGAGUAUGGAAAUUUGAGUAAAAGAUCAUAAAAAAAAGGAUUAGUAGUGAGACAUCUUAGAUAUAGAUCUAAGAAUCCAUUUGUUUAGUUUUAUAUCAGGAAAAUAAUGGGCGAUUCAUUUUAGUGAGUACACUCAUUAUCUCAAAAGGUAUUUACUUUUUCCGAAAUUUGUUUUCCAGAACAUUUAAGAAAAGGGCUGUUCUAGAAUUUUAUAUGUAUAUUAUUUUUUGUCACUUUUAUUUUUAAGGGUAAAACCACUACUUACUUUUGAUUUUCAAAUAGAAACUUAUAUUAAAAAUUGCAUAAAUAGAUGGAGUGUUAGUUGGAAUAAAUUUAAGUGUUGACAUUAUUGAUUUCCGUCAAUCCGUUAACGAGAUAUUUCACUUUUAAGUUUGGGUUGAAGGAGAGUAGUGGAGUAUCAUUACUACUCUCCUCCAACCUAAAAUUAAAAGUGGAAUAUCUCAUCAACGGUUUGACAGAAAUAAAAAAUUUCAACUCUCAAAUUUAUUUUAACUAAUAUUACUAACUAAUUUAACUUUAAUUUAUUUGUGGACUUUUUAAUAUAGGUUGCCAUGUGAAAAUCAAAAGUAGGUAGUCGUUUAACUCCAAAUAUAAGGGUUGCAAAAAAUAACAUAGAUAUAAAAUUGUAGAGUUGCUUGUUUUUGAAAUGUUCUAGAAAACAAAUUCCGAAAAAAGUUUAUACUUUCCGAGAUAAUGAGUGUACUUAUUUAAAUAAAUCAUCUGGUAGAUGAUACAGCUAGUGUUUUGUGUGAGGAAGAGAGUAAAAAUGUAUAGAGAAGGAAAGUAAAAUGCCUUUUAUAGACUUCAAUAAGGCAUAUGACAGAGUUCAUAGAAAAUGUCUGAUGUAGGUGUUAACAAGAAAAGAAAUAAUGAAAUAAUAUAUUGGUUUGAUAGAGGAUAUGAAGGUUCAAAUACGAGUGUCAAAAGCAUUUGUGAAAUAAUGGGAAAGAUUAAGGGGUUAGAGUAGAUGUUUAUCAAUAUUCGUUUUGAGUCCUUAUCUGUUUUCUGCUCUAAUAAUUAUUGAAGUCCUAAAUUUAUUACAAGGCGAGGUACCAUGGUGCUUAUGUGUGCAGAUGAUAUAGUUUUAAUAGAAGAAGAAUGCCUGGAAGAAGUUAACAAUAUGAUUGUAGAAUGGCAAGUAGCACUUUAAGGAAAGUGACUGAUGAUUAAUUAAAACAAAAAUAUAUUAAACGAAACGUAUUUUAAAUAAAUUGUAAAACAGCCGAAAAUAAAUCAUCUGAAUUGAAAACAACUAUAAGUACCAUGCAGAUAGUGAUAAGAGAUGAUUAGAUAAGGAAGAUAUGAGUGACUUCUAUAGUAGAUAAAAUGACAGAAAAUAGACAGAGAUGGUUUGAGCAUAUCAUGAGGAGAGAGGAAUCUGAAGAAAUAAGAUUGGUAAUGAAAAGGGGGGAAGAGGAAAAAAUAAAACAGAAAAAGAGGUGGUUGGAUACAAUUGAGAAUAUGGAGACUGAGUAUGUGAGGAUGAUGUGAGUGAUCGGAUGAACUGGAAGUUAAGUAUGAGGGUACCCAACCCCAGAUGUUGAAGAAGAUUGGAUCUUAGAUUGUUUUAUACUGCUUAAACUGACAUACAUUGGUGUCUUUAUUUUAUAUAUUAAAACAUCUAUUAGUUUAUUUAGUUUAGUCAAUGUUUAGAUAGGUCACAGACUCACAGGUUAUAUUACUAUUUCAAAAUACAUUUUUUUUAAAUAAUAUAUUUAUAAUAUAUUAUAAUUGUUUUUUUAAUUUUACUUAAUGAUUAUAAUAUAAUUAAGUAUUGUAGAUUUUUAUUAGACAUGAUAAAUCAAUAUACCUGAAAAAUAUCACCUAAUUAUUAAAAAAAUUGACAAUACAACUAAUUAUUUUUUAAACAAAAAAUUUUUUUUUAUAAACUGUAUUUUAUAUAAUAUUGUUUAUUUCUUUUUAAAAAUUAUGACUAUUUGGUUUUAGAAAACUAAUACAGUAAGAUAAGUUACUGAUAUGGCCGGUGGAACUAGUUUAGUGGUUCCUAUAGUUUUGUGGGGUAAAACACCAUUGACACAUUGUAUUUCAUGUGUUUAUUUAUCACCAGAUCAACGAACACUUGUGACUGGUUGUUAUGAUGGACAAAUAUGUCUUUGGACAGUGUCCCCAGAAACUUUAAAGGUUUGUGUGUAUAUGUUUGUUUAUAAUAACAAUGUUAAUAUGUAUCUUUAAAUGAUUUAAUAUUUAUUAUUAAUAGAUGACGCCCAGAUGUUUGCUUGUGGGUCAUACUGCUCCAGUUCUUUGCUUAGCACAUGCCAGUAUUAUUGCUGAUAAUGCAUUCUUUGUCAGUUCUUCGGAAAAUGGGUAAGUAUAUUGUAUAAAGUAUAUAAGUAUAAAGUUGAAUAGUUAAUAUUCACCUUAGUUCUUAUUAAAUCUAAUAUUAGAAUAUGCACCCAUUAAAUUAGUUUUUUAUAAAUAAAAUUAGAUCUGACACAAAAAAAAAAUACUAUUGGAUAAAAUUUUUAUACUUAUACAGCUUAAAUAAUAAUGUUUGCAGCUUUGCAAAAUAAUAUAAUAUUUUGAAAGUAUAUAAAUAUAUACAAUAUACAUAUAUAUGUAUAUUUUUUUUUUCAAUAAUAAUCAUUUUGAAUGUACAAAGAGAUAUAAAAAUUCUAUUAUAAAAAAAAAAAACGUUUUUUGUUAGCAAUGGUUUAUUGUUGCUUACAGGUAUACAUUAAAUUACUUAUAACAAUAGCUGUACCCAACCCCAUUAUUCUAGGAUGUGUUUUUUUUCUUGUUGUGUUUAUUAUUAAUUUAUCAUAACUAACUACUUAUAAUAAUAUUUUUAUAAAGUGGUAAUUUUAAUUUAAUAAUUUAUUUAAAAUAUACAAAUUUAAUAUAUGAUAUAUAUACAAAAUUAUGUAUAUUAUCAUAUUAGACAUUUUUAGAUUAAUAGUAAUUUCAAGGCCAUUAGUGUUUAUUUAUUUGAUAAUUUUUUAAAUAAAAAUCAUAUAUCCUUAUGUAUAUAUAAAAAAGGCCUUUUAAAUUCAAAGCAAAUUUAAAAGAAAGUUUAUGGUUUUACAAAUAUAUUUAUUUAUUUUUUUUUUUUUCUUGUGGAUAACUUCUUUGUCAGCAAUUUUGCUCCAACUUAUAAUGAUAGCAAUGUUUCUAAAAGAAAAUUACCCUAGAAAAGUACUUUAGAGAGGUCAUGUCUCAAGAUUUUCCAGUAAAUUUGAAAAACCAAGAAAAACAUGGAAAAACCUGGAAAAAUGUAGGAAAACUGGGAAAAUUGGUACAACAUUAAACAAAUAUUAUUAAAGAAAAUAUAUAAAGCCUAUUUAAUUAUUUCACUAUAAAAUGACAUAUAUAUUGUUAACGAAAAACAUCACUCUGUUCAGAAACUUUUUUUGUUAGAGAUGGUUUAUCGUUACUUUCAGGUAUACAUUAAAUUAUCUAUAACAGUGGCUGCACCUGUACUCAUUAUCAUAGGAUGUCUUUUAUAUAGAGAGAUUAUGGGAAAAUGAUUACAACAGUGUGCUUUUCCAUGAUCUUAUUUUUAGUUUUUUAACUGUUUUUUAACCCAAAGAACCAGGUUUUCUUCAUUAUCUCGAAUAUUAAUGAGAAUUUCAAAAAAUGACCUUUUUAAAUUUCCAUCCAGAGAAUAUUUUUUUCCGGAGAAGGUGCUAUACCCGAUAAUUUGAGUAAACUUUCUGAUAGGAAAAGUGUUCACAUAAAAAAAUAAAUAAACAUUAUUGUAAAAGCAAUACAUUCCUUGUUUAGUAUUUAAAAACAGUAAACAGAAUAGAUCCUCACACUCUGAAUCUAAAAGAGCAGUAUAUAAAUUAAAUUUUUUUGUUUUAGUGAAAUGAGUACUUGGGAUAUAGUGGAUGGUAAAUGCAAAGAAAUUACCAAAUCAAUAUACAUCCACACAAAUAUUCAGGUGAGUAACAUUUUUUUUUAUAUUUAAUUAAUUAAUUUACUCUUUUAAAUUUUGAUGUUUUAAAUUUAUUUGUAUAGGCUUAUCAUAUGGUAGGCACUGAAGAUAUUCGUUUGUUCUGUAAUGGUUAUUAUGCUGAAGUUGUUAUAAUGAAUCCUUUUACACUAGAAAUUAUUUUUUCAUUAUCAUCGCGAGUUAAUCCUGAUUGGAUAAGUGCUUUAUAUGUAUUGAAACCUCAUACAUGUAAAGGUAACUAAUUAACAAUAAUAACUGUUUUUGCAUAAAUAUGUAUGAAUUAUAUAAAUAUGAAGAAUAAUUUUGUAUUAUUUCUAAAUUAAGAUGAUGUAGUGUUGGGAUUGACUACAACUGGUACAGUGAAAGUGUGGACUUUGGAACAAAGAGAUUAUGGACCCACAGAUGCCCCAGUAUAUGAAAAUGAAAGUAAACAAAUCAGAUGUUUAAAUGCUUUAACUAUGGCGUGUUGUAGUCAACAUCAAAGAACUGUGUUAAUUGUGUGUUCCAAAUGUUGGCAGGUUGUUAAUUUAUAUCAUUUAAUAGUGAAACUGAUAAUUAUAAUAUUUGCAUUACAUGAUUUAUUAAAUUUAACUUAUUUCAUUUCUAGAUUUAUGAUGCUGGUGACUUCUCAGCUUUGUGCACUGUUUAUGCUCCUCGAGGGGAACGUUGGUUGGGAGGAGAAUUUUUAGCUCCUGAUAGAGUUCUUAUAUGGACAGAUGAUGGGAAAGGCUAUCUAUACAAAUUACCUGCGAAGUAGAUAUUACACAAUUUUAAUGUUAUAUGUUUUCAAUUAUCUAUUUAUAAAAUUUAAUUAAUUUUUGUAUUCUUUUUUUUUAUAUCCUACAGUAGUAUUGUAGAAAACAAAAAUUUCCAUAAGCAAUCGGAAGAUGGGGAUGAACCAUAUUUGUAUAGUAUAUUGUCUGUGACUUCAAACACGGUAUUUUUAAAAUUUAAUUUUUAUUGCUAUUGAAUUAAACCAUAUAGUUUACAAAGAGCUAAAAUGUUAGGAGUUAUUUUAAACUGAAAAAAAUAUUCUUUAUAUAAAAGAUCAAAAUAAAAUUGUAUGUAAAUAUACUAUUUACACAACAAUUUUCAAGAUUAAAACACUCUAGAAUUUUUUAAUUACCUUGUUCAUCAACAAGUACAUAUAUUACAGCAUACAAUAAUUAUUAUAUUUUUUUUUCAUGUUCUAGCAUCUUUACUGUUCUCCAGCUAUCAGGUUUUAUGAGUCUCUUCAACAUGGAAAAAUUUUGAUUAGAGGGGAUUCAGAAGGAGCUGUAAAUAUAUGGAAAAUUCCUGAACUAUCUCCUGCACAAUUAUCUUUUAUAAAAGAAAAUGAUUCUCAUAAAAAAUUAUCUGGUUAAUAUUUAAAUUUUUAUUGAAUAUAUCAAGUGUAUUAUUAUACUAUUUAGGUUUUAAUUCUGUUAAAUAUUAGGUAUAGGUAUUUAUUUUUUAUAUUAUAUUAUUAUUUAUAAUAAUUUACUAAACAACAUAUCUUAAUACUGUUUUAUAAUAUAGGUCUAUCUCCAUUUGUAUCUACAAGUUUGUCUAAAGCAUGGGAAACUAUGAAACCUCAUCCUGUUGGAAUACUUAACCAAUUGGUAUGUUAAUCAUUAUUUAUCUGUGUGAUUAACAAUUUAUUAUAAUUCAAGUAUAAAUAACUGCAUUAGUUUUAUUAUGUACUUGAUAUUCACUUUUUCUAUGAACAAUUUCAGGAUUGUGAAAAUGUACCCAAUAUUAAGUUGACAGCUAGUAUUUAUUUGGCAGGUCAAAGUCGAUUGGUAAUUGGCCGCCAAGACGGUUCUAUUGUUAUCAUUCCAGCUACUCAAACAGUUAUGUUGCAAUUAUUGCAUGGAAAUCAUCAACAUUAUAAAGGUUUUGUUAAUAUAAAUAAAUUAAGUAGAUAAUAAAAACUGACAUUUUUUGUCAUUGUUAAGUUGUACUAAACAUCACCUUGAUAAGUUAUUUAUCAGGGUGUUUUAACAACAUACCAUAUGUUUAAAAUAUUUGAACUAAAUCACUUAUUUACUUAUUUAUUGAUAUAGAUUGGCCUCCACAUCAGAUUUUAAUGGGUCAUAAUGGUCGUGUAAAUUGUUUAUUAUAUCCACAUCAUAUACAUUCAAGAUAUGACAAAUCCCAUUUAUUAUCUGGAGGAGUAGAUUUUGCUAUUUGUUUAUGGGAUUUAUAUGCUGGAACACUCCUUCACAGAUUUUGUGUUCAUGCUGGGGAAAUUACACAACUUUUAGUUCCACCAAAUACGUGCGCUAAUGUUGGUAUUUUUAUUUUUAGUUUUUUAAUCAUCAAUUCAAUUAAUAAUAGUUUUAUUUUAUUAAAUUAAUAGCCUAGAAUAUUAAAAUGCAUAUGUUCAGUGGCCAGUGACCAUUCUGUUACUUUAUUAAGCUUGUCUGAACGAAAAUGCAUAGUUUUGGCAUCCCGGCAUUUAUUUCCAGUUGUUACAAUUAAAUGGAGACCUUUAGAUGAUUUCAUGAUUGUUGGUUGUUCAGAUGCUACUGUUUAUGUCUGGCAAAUGGAAACUGGUAUUUGUUAAAAUUAUUUGUAUUAAACUCUGAGUUAGUGUUUAGCUCUAUACAAUAAAUAUUUAGGUCAUUUGGAUCGUGUAUUACAUGGAAUAAGUGGAGAACAAGUUUUAUAUGCAUGUGAUGAAAAUACAACCAUAUCUAGUUCAGUAGAUUCAGGACUUGCAAAUCCUGCUGUACAUUUUUUUAGAGGAAUACGCCAUCGUAAUAUUAGUGCCAUUAAGCAUGCAACUCAGGUUAGUAAAUAAAUUUAAAAACUUAAUAUUGUAUUAUUAAAUUAUUUGUUGAACAAUUGUAUGUGCAGAGAGGAAUUCAUCAAUUACAACAAUUGCAUCAUUCAACUCAUGCAGAUGGUAUAGAUAAUAGCAAAACAAGGGCUUAUCCAUUAAUGGUACAAGGACUCCGGACAAAUCCUAAUGAUCCAGAAUGCCAUAUACUAUGUUUUGAUAUUGAAGCUCUUGUUGGUGAGUUUAUUAUAUUGAAUAUUACUUAUAUAGUAUAUAAAAUUAUCAUAACAAAUUUAGAUCUUCUCUAUUAUUAAAAUAAAUUAUUUUCAUUUUAGUGCAACUUUUGAGUGAAGAAUAUGGAUUAAUGUCACCAAAAACUAUGGAAGCACAGGGUCUAAUAAAUGCAACAGAAUAUCAAAAAACAGCUGCAUUAACUCAGUCUGUAUCAUCUGAUGCCCAUAAAAAGAUUGCAGGUAUAAGAAGUUGAUAGUUUGGUUUUUUUAAUAAAUUAUAUAUUUUCUGAAGACAUUUUAAAGAACUGUGAACAGCAGUGGUAAAUGGUGCACACAAAGAGGUGGGGGUUUGAGGAUUCAACCCCCCCUCAGAAAUAUCUUUCUUUAUUACAUUUUUAAAUCAAGUUUUACAUUCAACAACAUAAUAUCUUAUACCACAAAAUAAAAUAAAAUAAAUUUCAUUAAAAAUCAUUUAUAUUUAACAAUAGAUAUAGUACUGACUUUUAAAUAUGUGCUAUCUCAUUAGAAAAUUAUUACAAAUAAAACCCUGCAAAAAAUUUCUGCAGUGUGCUACUGACUGUAUAUAUAUUUAUUUUAUUUUUUGGUAUAUCAAUAAUUUUGGUUUCUUAGUAUUUGGUGAUGAUAAAAUCUUUAGAAAUAGACUCCCAAAGUAAAAAUUUUAAAUUUACAGUAAUGUUCUUAAACAAUUGUUUUCACUGAUAUACUUUGGUUCUUGAUGAAAAUACAUAAGUGGAAAACAGAUAAAUUUAUAAUAUGAUAAAAAAAUUUAAAAAAAUUUUUUAUUGACAAUUAGAAUUAAAAUUAAAAUUUAUCAUAAAGUUAUAAAAUAAAAAAUAUAUUAUAGAACAUACUAUAAAAAUAUGUUAUUUUAAAAAGUUGUUUAAAAAUGAAACCCUUCGUCUGAAAUUUACUUCUCUCCAAUAAAUAAAAAUAUAUAUAAAUUAUUUUCAAUUACUUUAUGUGAGCAUGCAAUUUAUUAUGUUAAAUAAAGUAGUAAUACUUUAUUAUAACAUCUAUUUUGGAAAACUUUCAAAAAUUUAAACUCUUAUUUGAUUAACCAUGUUCAAAAUAUGUGUAAUUUGUUGUUGAAACUGAAUAUGUAAUUUAGAUUAUUAGGAUUAAGUCUCUGAACAGAUUAUUUAUCAACUAGAUAUUUUUUUAAAUUUUCUUUAAAUCUCUAAAUAUUAAUAAAACCAUUCUGUAUUUUUUCUGUCUAUUACUUAUAAUAAUUUAAAUUUACUUUUAUGAAAGUAUAUUUCACACAAUUUAGUACUUUACACUACAUAAUUACCCAAGAUUCAAUGCUGGGUAAUAAUAACGAGUUAAAAAGUCAAUUUAAUUUAAACUUUUUAAGUUAACUUGUUACUUUUGGGUUUCUGUUAACUUAACUACUUACUUAACUUAAUUUUCUAUUAAUUAACAUGAUAUCAAUGAAUUAAAUUAGUUGUAUAAUUAAUAAGUUAAGUUAUUUUUAAUUUUUUAGAUUUAGAUCGAAGUAAAAUAAUGUAUUGGUUUUUUUUCUAAUCAAUUUUGUAUUGAAAAAUAUUUUAGUUAAUUUUUCCUGUGAAUAUUGUUUAAAUUUUAAAAUUUAAAAUAACUUACCAUAAAUAAAAUGAUUGAAAAUCAGUAAUCAAAAACACAGUGAUCAAAAUAGACUCCUUUUAUUAUUUUUAAAAACUGACCUUAGUAGAAAAUUGUGAUCUUGUAUCAUUAAUUAGAAGUGUUUUUAUAAACUAUUACUCUACAGUCCAAAGGUCAUAUUGAUUUUGGUUUAUGAUUUACUUAUUUUACUACUGAAUAUUUGGCUGCGUAGAACUGCUUCUCAAUAAAACCUUUUAGGAUGAAUUGAGUCCCUUGAAAUUUUAGUUAUAUUGCUAACUGAGUCCUGUUAAAUUAAAAAAAAAAUAUCACAAAUACACUUUUUAUAUUGGUAAAAAUGUAUUAUAAUAUCAAUAAUUUAAAUGUUACUUAUGUAUAAUUAAAUUAAUAGAGGUUAUAAAAUUAUAUUUUUCAUAUUGGUAAAAAUGUAUGUAAUAAACAUUGUAUAUAUACAAAAGGUGUUCAAAUAUUGGCUGCAUAUGAACUGUGAUUAUAUUAUCUGAUGAAGGUCCUGAAAGAUGAUAAUAUGACCAAUAUCACGUAGUUAUCUCUAUAUUGGUUAUUUAUUUAUAUAAUCUCUAUUUAUUGGUAUAUUAUGGUUAAUUUUAUAUUUUACACAAAAUAAUCCUUGGACUCAAUUAGUAUAUUUUGGUUUCCCAACCACCACUUAGUAUAUUACAUUUUCCCAUUCAGGUAUUGAGAUGAAAUUAGUAUACAACAGAAUAUUUCACGUAAAAUAAGGGUGUGUAUUUUCAAGUUUUAUAUGUAAUAAAUAUAUAAUAUUAUUUUUUUAAUAUUUAUAUUACAUUAUAUUAUAUUUAUACUGAUUUAUAAAUUAUUAUUCCAAACCUAAAUUUUAAUAUAUAUAUAUAUAUUUAUCAAAUAUAUUCAUAUGCACAUUGAUAAUAUUAUAUCUAUAUUUAUAUUGCAUUACAAUACCAUAAAAUUAUUGUGUAUUCCAAUAAUAUGUAAAAUAAGUGAGCAAUCGAGUUUGUAUAAUGCUACUUAGUAGAUAGUAACCAAUACUCCAGUAGGUACUAUGUAGCCAUAGUUUGUACCAGUACCUAAUAAUUACUAUUACAUAUUUGGAUAUUAAAAAAUUUAAAAUUUAAAAUAAAGUAAUAGACAUAUGUUAUACUUAUUAUUAUAAUAUAUAUAUUUAAAGAAAAAAAAGUAAAUAAUUUUCCCCCCAAAAAAACACAAAAACAAAAAAAUCAAGCCCUAUAGUUGCCAAUAGUAUCUGUAUGUAAAGCUUGAAUAAAUAAUACAACUUCAAUACAUUUUAUCUUUUAAUACAUUAUUAUUUAUUAUUAACUGGAUAGGUUUAUGCCAUACCUAUCUAAUUGGAUAUACCAUAUUAAAUCCACUGCUAUAUUAUUUAACUCUUUGAUCUUUCAGACUUGGAAUUAAAUUUUUUUUUCAUUUAUUAAUAUUUAAUAAUGGGGAUUUUUUCAAGUUUGAGUUUUCCCCAGUAGAAGAAAUCAGGCAUUUACCAAGUCAAACAAAUAUUAUUGGGUAAUAUUAAUUUUUGGGAAGAAUUGUAUGAUUCAUACUUGUUGAUUACACUUUUAUCUUGGGAGGAAAAAAUAUCUGAUUUUCAAAACCAUAUUUUCAACUUAAAAUUAUACAUUUACUGUCAAAAACAAUCAUAAAUGUCAUAUCAAUAUUUUUCAAGGGUUUUAUGGUGAAACUUAAAGUGAUACAAGUUGUCAUUAAUUUUAUGAUUUUUGUAUACUACAUAAUCUAUGGAUGCACAUUGCACAAUAUGCACUUUUAAUAACAUAUACCUAUAUUAAAUGGUGAUAAAUAAUACAUAAAAGAAUAUCCUCCUUACGAACAUUAGAUUUGAAAGGGUUAAGCGAAGAAAAACUUCAAUGCUCUCUAAUAUAUAGAAAAACUGUAUAAACAUUAAACACUAUACAGUUCUAAUUUGGUAAAUAAUAUAGAAGGCUGGUAUUUAAAAAAAAAAAAAACCAAGUAUAAUUUAAAUUAUUAAUAAGUUAAAUAAAUUGUAUUCAGUUUAACUUAUAAUAUUAAAAUUACUAGAAUUAAAUUAACUUUUAACUUUUUUCAUUUAUGCCCAAGUUAAAAAAAGGCCUUCAACUUGCCCAGUUUUUUGCUAAGAUUAUUAUUUAUUUUUCUAUGAUAAUCUAGGUUUUUAAUUUGAGAACAUAUGAUAUUUUUAUUUCAAAAUCGGUAUAGUUUAUAUUGUGAUGUAUUACAUUCAUAUCAUGUUAUUUAUUUUUGUUGUAUAUUAAUAAUGUUUAAAUAUCUUAUGCUUGCUUACUUUGGGAAAAGACUUUUUUGGCAAAGUUAAAGAUAAAGCAGGCGAUAUGGAACGCAUUUUGAAAGAAAAAGAUAAACAUGGUAACUAAGCAUGUCUGAAGUGUGCAUGUUUUUAUUAUACACACAUAUAACAAUUAUUUAGAAAUAUUAUUAGAUUUGUUUAAACUAAAUAUGUAAUACAAUUGAAUUAGUAAUUUUAAAAGGCUUUGACCCUUUCUUCCUAUGGUUAUGACAGGCCAAAUUUGGUAUAGAUUUGUUACUGCAAUAUGCAUGUAGUUACAUAUAGUUUUGAGCAAAGAAAUUAUUGUUAUUAAUUGCAAGAAUAAAUGUGGGAUUUGAAAUAUUUAAGUGGUAAAAUGUCAUGGUGUGUAGUGUAAUGAUUUAGAUUUUGAAGUAUAUUAUUAUAGUUGUAUUAUUGUUUUUGAAGUUUUGUAGAAAUUGUGCCGAUUAAUGAUUUAUGUUGUUUUUGAAAUGACUAAUUUAAUUUUUCAUAGUAAAUUUAUGAAAAGAUUAGAAUAAUUGUGAUGUAAUUUUAAUAUUUAUAUAAAAAUAUAGAUUUAUUUGUAUUAAAAUAAGUUUAUAAAUUCUUAAUAUUUAUCAAACUUUAUAAAAUAAACAAAAUAAAGUAAAAUUAAAAUUUUAAAUAUUUAAAUAUUUUUUUUUUUUUUAUCGAUUUUUAAUUACAGUUUAGAUGUAAAAUACUUAGAUUUAAUUCGCUUUAUAUUUGUCUGUAUUAUUUUUAUUUAGAAAAAUAUUUUUCAUACAAUUUUUAAUUUUUAUAUUCUGUGUUAACUAAUAGUUUAUAUUUGUAUAUUUGUAUAGGAAUUUUACCUAAAAGAAAAGAUGGUUCAGAAAAUAUAUUAUCAAAACUUCAGUCUGUAAUAGAUGGUUUUGAUAGUAGCAAGUCUACUGAUAAAGGUACUUAUUGAGAUAUUAAACUAUUGCAUUAUUUUUAAUAUAUUUCAUUGGUUAUUAGUUGGAAAGGGUAGUCAUAAGUGUCAAAAUUAAUAAAAUGUAUGUUAUAAAUUAAUUAUAAUGGUUUUAUUAGUAUCAUUAACAAUGUGAAACUAAUUAAGUAAUAUAGAUAACUAUUUUUAUUUUAAAAUAAUAUUUAUUAUGAAUAAUCAUUUACACAUAAAUUAGGUUUUAAAACCUUUAAUAUUUGAAUAAAUAAAACAAAUUUAAAUUAUGAAACUUAUUUAUUAAUGAUAUGAUCUACCAUAUUACCUAGUUAACAUAACAAUACAAUUGUUCAACAUAUAAAUACAAAUUGUAAUAUUUUUAUUUUUUAAUAUUAUUAUACCUUGCUUGUAUGAACUAUUAUUAUAAUAGUAAUUUACAAUUGAUCCCUAAAUUACUAUUUAACCUACUAGAGCAUUAAUAAUACUAUUUAUAUUAGACAUGACAAUAUAAAACAUACAUUUUAACAAACAACAGUAUAUUAAAUGGUUUGCUGAACUAAAAAGGUUAAGAACCACUUUUUAAAAGCAGUUGAACUUAAGUCAUAAAUGUAAAAUACUAUAUUUAAACUUAUAAUGGUUUUAAAAUUACAAAUAACUUAAAGCCAUAAGUAAACAUUGAAGUAAUCAUAUUUGAAUUAUUCUGAUUUCUUAUUGCAAUCCUUUUUAUAAUCAUUGCAUAUUUUUAAUUAUUAUUUACUAAGAAAUUAUACAUGUGUUUAAUAUUUAUACAAUUUUUAUUAAAUAUAGGUUUAAAUCUUAGUGGUGUAGUUUGUCGUAAAGUGUGUGGUGCAAAUUUAACAAUGGAAAUUGCCCAGUUGUUGAUGUCAUUAUUGUAUGCAUGGGGUUUGGAUUUUGAAAUAGACAAAAUUUGUGAAAACAAACUUGGUUUAUUACGUCCCAUGAUUCCAGUUUCAUUUGGUGUUAUAUCAAAAGGCGGUAAGUUUACUCAUCUAAAACAAUAAAAAAUAAUGAUUAAUAUUGUGCAAGGUAAACAUUUUUAGGUUUUAUGAGCUUAUUGCUACCUACAUGGCAAAGUAACAUUGAUCUUGAAGAUAGUUUUGUGAAGACUGGUAAGAGUCCUCUGAUGGAUUUGCCUCCAGAAAUGGUUCACUUGGAACUGUUGACUAGACUUUUUACAGCAAAAACUCAUUGGGAAAUUAGUACUACUGUUACAAGUCAACAUUUAUUAGCUAUUGUGGCAAUUGCUAAUACUCUGAUGUCAAUGAGUGCCCCUUGUUUCCUUGAAAGUGCAUUUUCAAGGUAGUAUUAUGUUUCUGAGCAUAUUUAAAAAAGAUAUAUAAAUAAAUAAUUAAUAUGUAGAAAUAAAUAAAUAAAUUAAUGAAUGCGGUGUCUGAAGUAUUAUGAUAUGUGUAUAGUACAGGUUUUGAAUUAAAAAUUAAUCAUAAAGUCAAAAAGUAAAACAGGAUUGAAUAUGAAAAAAUGAAGGAAUAUAUAGAAAAAAAAGUACACAAAUUGGUCUUUUUAUAUAAAAUUAAUUUUUUUACUUAUGUCUACACAUAAAUUAUUUAUUUAUUUAUUUAAGUGUAUUAAUUAUUUAAUAAUUUUGUUUUUAUUUUAUAAUUUAAAAAAAGACUGCUCAAUUUUAAUAGUUAAAGUAGGAAAAAGUUUAUGCACAAUGACUAUAUCACAGGGUGUAAAAUAAAUUCAUAUUUAUAUUCUCUUCAUAAUUUCAGUAUAUGCUUGUAAUAUUCUCUUAACAUCAAAAUAUAUACUUAUUUACAAAAAAAAUUUAAUGAAUAAAAAUUAACAAAAUCAAUAACAUUAUUAAAGUAACUAUAAACUGAUUUUUAUAGAUUAUUAUCAGCAUUUCAUUAAAUUGACUCUCAGCAGUUACAAAAUAUAAAAAAUAAUUGUUAUUUUAAUACACUUCGAAUUCAAACCGACAACACGUUAUCAUUGAAAGAAAACAUGUGAUAAUUUACGCGGCAACAAAAUAUUAUCAAUUAUUCGGGUUAUAGGUAGUUUGUUGUCCGAUAAUGAUAACUACAGAAGUGGCCAAAAGUCGCGCGACAGUCGCCGUCUGACUGUUGGUAUGUAAUUACGACUGGUUUCCAACGCGCGACUGAACAUUAUCGUGGCGACCGGCGACAAUAUCGGUCCGAGAGUAGUGUAUUGCAACUGUCGCGCGCGACCAUUGAUUUAUUUCAUUCAUAAUCUAGGUCUUGGUAGUGUAUUUCGACUGUCCCGUACAGCAAUAUGGCUAAAUUGCAUUUUUCGGGAGAAGAAGAACAACUGAUCGAAAUGGUUUUUAUUAAUACGAAAAAAUUUUAGAAAUUUUGUUUAAUUUCGUAUUAAAUGUCUAUUUAUUAAAAUUUAUAAAUAUCCUUCACUUUUUCUAUCAAGAAAAAGAACAUCAACUUUUUCUCUCUGAUCGCAUUGUGUUGUAAUUAAUAAAUCAUCAUCCUCUUGCUCUUCUUCAAGAAGAAGUAGCAUUAUUUUAUUAUUAUUAUUAAUAAUUGUAUUCAUACUCAUAGUAGUAAAUAUACAAUUUAACUUUAAAAUACUAGCCCUCACUGCACGAAAACCACAAUGAUACAGAAUUUGACAGCUUUCUUUAUGUCACCGGAGACAGGUCUAGGCGACCAGCUGUGCCUAGGAAACCAUACCUUCAGUUACCAUACCUAAGUUUCUCCCUCUACAUGAUGGUGGAUCCACACAAUACUUUCAGACAUAAAUGAAAUAACCUUAUUUAUCCUACCUUUCCAACUUCUCACCUAUAACAGUGGCCGCUCCCAUUUCCAGUAUUAGCUCUUUUGUUUCAUUUUUACAUGUAACAUGAGUGCUAACUUUUAAUAUUUUCAAAAGCAAUGUGUGUCUCAAAGGUUUAAUUUUAAUAAACAAUACUAAAAAUAAUAAUAAUUUUUUAGUUUAAGUAUUAAUGAUUAAAAAUAUGAUUACUGUUAAUAUGUUAUGUAUAUAAUAAAUAGAAAAAACAAUAAUUAUAAACAGAUAUUCUAUUUUUUUUUAUAUUUUAAUUUAAAAAGUUCAAUCGUUCAUUGUUGUAUUCAAUAUUCUUUAAUUGUGCACAUUUGAAUUAUUAAAAAAGAUAAUUUUAACAAUGGUUACAUAUUCUACUUUACUUAUUACAUAUAAUUUAUUUACUUGUUUUUUUAAAUAAUAAAUAAGUUGUAUUGAAUGUCAAUCCUAUAAUAUUUAAAUUAUUAAUUAAUUUUUUUUUAUUGUAGACAACUAUCAGUAAAAAGCCGGUCAGAAGAAGGAAAUGGUGAACCUAGCAGCUCUCAAAAUGUUUUUAUUAAACAGGGAUGGGCAGAGUUAAAAACAUUGCACUGUAAGUCAUUACCUGAAAAAAUUGCUAAUCAUGGUUCAAAGAGUUACAAACGUAUUCAAAUUGAAAUGUUAGCCCAUCGAUGGCAACAUCAUUGUUUGGAGGUAAUAUUUUAUAAAAUUUACCAUAUAUUUUGUUUUUAUGAAAAAUAACCUAUUAAAAUAAAACACCAUUUAAAAAAUAAAGGUACGGACAGCAGCUCAAGAAUUAUUAUUAGCUGAAUUAGAGCGAAUUGGCCCUAAAGGACGCAAAACAUUAGUUGAAUUUUGGGUUCAGUAUUUACCAGUAAGCAGCUCUAAUAGUAACAUCAAAUCUACUACAAUUAGCUCUAACAAUUUAACCACGCUAAACACUAAUGUAAGUAAUAUUUAGUUAAUAGCCUCGUUUAGAUGGAGAUGAUUUAGCAAAGUUUUGAAACUUGUCCUUCCAUAACAUGUAAUAUUAGAAAGGAUAAAACAGAAAGAGAAAGGAUGUAUUAUCUGGUAUUUAAAAAUUAAUAAAAUGACUCAUGGUAGGACCGCCCAAGUUUUAGCCUGAUAAUAGAUUAUACAUGGCAAUACUUUGCUAAUUCUAAUUCAAAUUAUAUGACAAUUUAUCAUGUAAGAAAAAAACUGUCCAUCUGAAUGAAAUUCAAACAUGAUUUUAUAAAUGGUGGAGUGUCUUCUAGUCAUUUUAAAAAUUAGACCACACUCUUUUGUUAAUUUGGUUAAUAUUAUUAGGUAUAUUUCGUUUAUUUUUAUGUAGAUAUAUGUAGUCAUGUAGACCUAUAAACUGAAGGUACCUACAUUAUGUUAUUUCUUAUUUUUAUUCUCAUUACUCAAGUGACAAAUAAAAAUACACAAAACUACCUAUUGUAUUAAUAAUAUAUAUUUGAAAUGUUAUAAACCUCGAUUUUUAAGGUUGAACUGAACUUUCCUUAAAAUUAAGAAUCCAAACCGAAUUUACACAUUUUUAUUUGAACCAGAACCAAACCACUUUUAAAAUAUUUUAUCAAACUCGAACAUUAAAAAAUUAAAAAGAUUAGGUUAGGUUAGGUUUUAAAAUUGUAAAAUUGUAAAAUUAUUAUAUUACGUGAAAAAAAUAGAAUUCUUCAUUUUAGUAACAAGGCCACUCUGUCCCAUCACAGAACAUCUUAUUGGUGACUGAGCAGAAUCAGCAUCAAAUUAUUUUCAAACCGAACUAUUGGGUAUUUGGUUUAUUUAGAUUAUUUACAAUUUUCAGGUUGAUUUUCGAAAUCGAGCAGUUUUUCACUUUUCUAAUGUAUAUAGUUAUAUCUUGAUAUUAUUAUGUGUAGUUUGUAUAGUACAAAUGUAAUGUUUCCUAAACUUUUUCGAUUUAUAGUUCCCUUUUUGAACUAAGGUUUUCUUAGGGCAUCCUUGCAAUUAGUUACAAUCAAAAACCUAGUCUCGGUGUUUAUCCCAUUGUAUAGCUAAAGGUAACCAAGGUUAAAAAAAACCGAUAACUAUGUAUGAACAAUUGUUGUUGGAUAUUUUUUUAAUUUUAGUAAAAAUGUUUUGUGAAUCUAGACAUUUUUUUUAAAAUAAAGUACUAUUGGACAUGCACAUAUUUCAAGGUACAGUGUGAAUAAUUUAGCGCAUUUUUACUAACCGAAAAAGGUGGUUAUUUGAGAAAAAAAAGAACACUGGUCUUUGGCCUAUUUUGACUCAGGUACUAUCACUUGUAACUAUUCAAAAAAGGUUAGACACACACUUUGGGAACCACCGGAUUAAUGCAAGACUAUAGUAUUAACUAAUUGCUUAGUGAAUAGUCAAAUUUUUAUUUAGCAAUUGAACUACGUAAGAAAAAUUUUUAUUUUGUUAAUGACAAUAUGUUAAUAAUAUAUUAAUAAAUUGACAGAAAAUAACUAUUUGAUAAGAAUACAAUUUCUGAUUACUGAAAAACAAAAUAACACAUAAAGAGUACAUUUGUAAAUACAAAACAAAAAAACCAUUCAAAAUUAUUAUUGAUUGUAGUAUAAUAAAAAAUGUACUCGUUUAGUUGCCAGUAUUAAUAAAAAAUGUAGGAUAUUUGAUCCCCAUAAAAAAAUUGCCAUAUUUUAGUGUCACAGCAUUACUUAUAUGUUUGUAUAAUUUGUAAUUUGUACCAUAAAGUAGGUAUAUUAUAUUAUAAAUAUUUUUUAAUUUUUUAAAUAUCACCUAACCUAACUUAAUUUUUCUGCUAUCGCCACUGCAGAUUGAAAGAAAAAAAUUCUGCAUUUAAACGCACAUUCUAUCACUGGUAAUUGUCAUUUGUUAAAAAAUGCGGAUUUUUAAAAUAAAUUACUUUAUAAUUUCCAUUCUAUUUACACACAUUUUGAAUACACAAGAUGGACAAACACUUUAGAACUGCUAAAUCAUCUAUGUCUAAACCAUGCUAAUGCUUCUAACAAAUGCAUGCACCACAAUGAUUAUUAUUUUGUGUUACAAUUUUUCUUAAACAUUUUUAUUUAAAAUAAACAUAUUAAAUUGUGGAUAAGAUCAUAUUAACAUGUUAAUAAAAAACUGUAAAACCAAUUUUAUUGGUUUAUAGGAAAAUGUCGAAUCAGCUGCUAAUAUUCAAGAUGAAGAUGAUGAUGAAGAAGAAGGUAUCAAUUAAAUAUUAAAAACAUAUUAUUAGUAUUUUGGUGGUUUAUUCCUUUUUUCCCUCUCAAUAGAUUUAUGUUUAAGAAAACCAUCAUCCAUUAGUGAAUUGCGCCGGAAGCAGACAACUGCUGUAAUUUUGAUGGGAGUGGUUGGAGCUGAAUUUGGCCAAGAAGUUAGUGCUUCAGACAAUGUUAGUACAUCAAGCCGCCAGUCUUCUGGAUCAUCUCUAAGAAGGAAGAGUUCUAUUGUUGAAGGAUUUGGCAUAGGAAAUAAUAACUUAUCAAGGCUGACAAGUAUGGCGAUUUUAAGAAAACAUAAUAUUUUUUAAUUCUAACAAUUAUUGAUAAGGAUUAAUAUUCUAUGUUGAUGAUAUGUUAUUAAAAAUUUUAUUAGGUUUGGCUUUGACACAAUUGCUUUUAACGCCUUCCUCAACCAAGUUGCCUACUCACAUGGCAUUACGGAGAGCGGCUGUCGAUUUAAUUGGUCGUGGCUUUGCUGUGUGGGAACCAUAUUUUGAUGUCAGCAAAGUAUUAUUAGGAAUAUUAGAAUUGUGCUGUGACAGUGACAGAUUAGUUCCAAGGUAAUUUUUUGUGAAUUAGUAAAUAACUGGAAGACAAUGUCUAGUUAUUGACAUAUCAAUUCACAUUUUACACUAUUUUGAUUUACGUAGCAUGUCUUAUGGACUACCAUUAACACCUGCUGCAGAUUCAUAUAGAACUGCUCGACAUGCAUUGAUAUCAAUAGCAAAUGUUCGUCCUGCAGUGUUUAUAACAACUAUAGCCAGAGAAGUGGGUUCUGGUAAAUUUAAUGUGAUUAUGAAAAUAAUUGUAUUUACAUUUUUUAUAGGUGGCCCGAUACAAUAGUAUGCAACAAAAUACACAGGCAAUGAACACGGCUUUAAAUAAUUCAGUUUUGCAUAGAGCAAAACCAGAAAUUUUAUCCAUUGUGGAACAUUUGAUUGAGAAAAUGCAUGUUGAAAUGACAGAAUUAUUAGUGGAGGUUAUUCUGAAGAUAUUAUAUAUUACAAUUAUAAUUUUACUAUAGUUAUUAAAUUCACACAACUUAAAAAUAAUAUUAUUCAAGGCUAAGUUUUUACUUUUCUAUUUUAGAGAUCUACUGGUUUUACUAUGAUGUGUUUUUGUAUUUUUUUUUUCUGUCAACAACUUUUGUACCAAAAAAUUGCUCCAAAGUAAGGUGUUACUUUUCUGAAAGGUAAUUUUCUCCAAUUGAUGCAAUGGGGAGGUCAUUUUUUAAAUUUUUUAAAGGGUUUUCAAAAUAAUUUGGAAAAACCCUAAAGAGAAUUGUAGAUUACUGCUACUGCUUUAUAUUUGUUCCUUUUAAUACAUGGCUACUGGCAGUUAAAGUAGUUUUCAUAAUAAUUGGUAAAUUAAAAAAAAUAUGAAAAAAAAAAGGUUUUUCAAAUUAUGGCACAAUUUCAGUACUUCAAAUUUUUACGGCUUAUGUUUUUUAUCAUAAAACUUGAUUUUACCCUAAUAGAAAUAAAGAUCUAUUUUGUUGUAUUUUCAAUUGGUUGACCAAGAAAGUCGGUUUUUGAUUUUAUUUUUGUAGUUCUUUUAAUAAUUGCGAAAAAUCAAAAAAAAAUUCAGAAAGUAUACAAAAACAGUUCUUUUAUUUUUAUAUUUUGUUUUUUUUAAUGUAAUUUAGUUUAAAAUAUUCAUAGAAAUUUAAAAUCUUCACAGAAAACUUAUAUUUUCUUUUUCUACACUUGUAAAAUGUUCAAAACUUUUGAGCUAUUUAUUGACAUUUUAAUUUUUAAAGGUUUAUUUGGUAGGUACUCUGGACAAAAUUAUUAUAAAUACAUAGAAAUUAUGUAAAUUUAACAGGAGGUUCCUUAAAUCCUACUUCGUGGUUUAAAAAGAAUUGAGCUUUUAAAAUCAAAUUUUUAUUAAUAUAGAGUUAAAAAUUAUAUAGAACAAAUCUAGUUACUGGUCCAUGCAAACUGUUCAUUUUUUUUUUUUUUUUGAACAUAGGUUUAUUAUCAAUUUGAGAAUCUGAAUUGAGCAGAUUGAUUUAAUUUCAAAAUUAUAGCUUUUUGAAGUUCUUAUAUUAUGCGGAUAUUAUAUGUUAUGUUAAAUAAUAUAAUGUUGUCAAUUUUUUUUAUAUCUGUAGUAGUCUAGUGAUGGUAUGUAUCUGUUGUCAUCUUAGAGAUCACAAGUUUUUUAAACUCGUAAUAGAGAAAAAACAAAUGCAUUUCAUAAAAUAUAAUUAAAUGUAAUGUAAUAUAUUUUUUUUUUUAUAAGAGUUACAAAUUUUGACAAAAUUCGUUAAUAUUAUGGCCUUUCAUAAAAUGUGUAACUGAACUUUGCUCUGAAUUAUUUUUUGUUAACUAUGGUUUAUUGUUGAUUACAGGUAUAAUUUAAAUAUCUUUAUGUAUCUCACUUUUCUAACUUCUCACUUACAACAAUGGCUGUGCACCCAUCUCAAUAUUUUUUUUUAUUUUCUAUAUUUAUUUUAUUGUUAUAUUAUUAUUUAUUAUUAUGUAUAAAAACAUUGGUUGGUGUUUUUUUUUUUUAGGUUAUGGACAUAAUAUUACACUGCAUAGAUCCUACACAAUUGAAAGUUCGCCCUUUAUCAGAGGUAUCUCCAGCUAUAAGCAAGUUUUCCCAAGUUUCUCAUUGUUCUACCUCUAGACGUAUUGCUGUGGGAACUAAAAAUGGUCAUAUUGCAUUAUAUGAAUUAAGAUCCUCCAAAUGUCAAGUACUAUAUUAUAUGUUUAUAUAUCUACAGUAGGAAUAUUACUUACACAUUUGUUUCCCUAGACUAUAAAUGCACAUGCUGCAGCUAUCUCUGCAUGUGCAUUUUCGCCAGAUGGAAAAUUCCUUGUAUCCUACAGUGCAGUAGAGAAUAAAUUAUCAUUUUGGCAAACUUCGACUGGCAUGUUUGGUUUGGGUAAUAGUCAAACUAAGUGCACAAAAUCGUAUAGCACCCAGAUACAGGAUGCCUCACGGUCCAGUCAACUGCGACAGAUCAAAUUACACUGGGCCUCCAACCGUAGUGUUCGGUUUUUGUCAGAUGGUUUGGAAACUACAUUUGUUAUUUAAAUUUCAAUUGUAGACACAGGAAAAUAAAAAUAAAAACAAUAUAUUUCAUUUAUAAUUUAAAAAAAACACUAGGGCAAGAGCAUUUUUUAAACAAUUUUUAAUGCUUGUUGCUGCUUUUGUAAUCAAUUUAGUUUUCAAUGAAAAAUUUAAAAUAUGCUAGUAUAUUAUUCCAGGCUAUAUCAUUAAUGUUAUAAUAAUUAACAUUAUAUAUUUGUAGUUCAUUCAAUUUUAUAGGUCAUACUUUUUAGUUAUACAGAAAGUAUUAAACUAUUUUAUAUUUAUAUUAUGAUAAAAUAUCAUACCUGUUUAGUCCACC